GGGGGGCGGGAGGAAGAAGAGGAGGAAGCAGCCCCCUGCCGGUGAUUCCAGCCUCCGCCACUGAUAAUAAUCCUUAUCGUCAGGCCCUAUCUUUAGUACUACAAGGCGGAUCUGGGGCGGUUAGCAGUUUUCAAGUGCUAUUGUUUGAUCAGGUUCCGAAUGUGCACAGCAAUUUUACUGUGCAGCUUCUCAUCUUUACAUGGCUCACUUCCGCGGCUUCUACCAUGUAUGGUGCUAUUGUCUACCUCACGACUAAACUUGCAGAGCCAGAAACAGAGACGACAAAAGCUUUAGUGAAUGGAUGUGAAGAUGUUGAGACAAUUUCUCUAUGGAUUAUUGUGGCUCACUGCUUUCAAUCAGUUUUUGCGAUUUCAGCCUCCCUAAAGAUGAUCUCUGCGCCGGAUUACGACUUAUAUGCUUUCAAGUUUCUCAUUUACAGAAAUUACUGCCUGGCUUUUUGGAACUGCGUGGUCUCCAUCCCAAGCAUGUAUUCUAGAUGGAGAUCAGUCGCAUUUCCAUCUUGGUUUCACAACUCAGUUUGGUUCGGUGAUUGGGUCAUGCUGUCGCUCAUAUUUCGAGCAUUUUCUGGCGCGGCAUCAAUUGUAAUCAUAAUCAACUUUGACCUGCACGAGUGCCCAAGACUCCAGACAUGUUCUAUUUUCGUUGCGUCGUCGUUUCUGAUGUUUGUGAGCUACUUCUUCAUUCAACUGCCAGCCAGUGACGGAGGCUGGAAUCACCGGCAGGGGGGCUGCUUCCUCCUCUUCUUCCUCCCUCCUCUUCUUCUUCUCUCCCUUCUUUCCUCUUCUUCUCCCUCCUCCUCUCCUCUAAUUUCCAUGGAGCUCAUGGGGGUAGGGGGGCUUGAGCCCCCCUUGCCCCCACGCUAAAUCCGCCCCUGCUGCUAGCAGUAUGGGUGACUGUAAAAAAAAAUACAUGGGAGCUGAUCUUGUAGUGGGAAAAAAACAUCUGUGUCCUGUGAGGGAGUGAGCUGACCUUGUAGUGGGAAAAAAACAUAUUGUCGUCGUCUCUGAUGUUUGUGAGCUACUUCUUCAUUCAUACUCUGCUUCAUGUUGCUUGUGAUGA